CACCGAACAACCCUUACACGAAGAUAAAGGAUCUAAUACAUUGACUACAGGUAUAGCCGCAGGCGAUAGUACUACUACUAUAGUAAACUGUUGAUCCGCCCAACACUCCACUAAGAAAAACUAACUUUAUCCUGACCCGUCUUGACAACCGACGAUCUUAUAACAGUAUAAAUGUCUUGAGCUGUUUCCUUGGUAGUGUGUUUAGCAACUAGAUAUGCCGAACGUUGUACUUGAGUUUGCAUGGCUUGAAUGGGGACCCGCGACGAUAUAUUUUGUUUGGAGAACGCAUAGGUUUUCAGUAGCCCGCGGGGGAAGUGGUCGAAGUAACCAAAUAGGGGUAAUUGUUUGUCUAUUGGAUCAGUUCAUUAUAAACUAGGGGGUUUCGGCGUGUUAAUUUAUUUCUAAAAGAAGCUUUAACUUGAUACGCUGACACACUACUACUUUCUGUCGUGUUAGUAACAAUUUCAAAGAUUAUUUUCAGGUAUUAAGUGUACGUAUGAGCGAUAAACUGUUUACAACAAAGAUACGGAUACUAAAGAAACUUUGUAUGCCCCUAUAUUUACAAAGUGUUACGUCCCACGAUAUGUUUUGCAACUCAGAAAGGCUCUGGGUGGCGUGUUUACUGCGACCUCUCUUAGUUGCUACGACCGCGACCACGGCUUCAUUCAGUCUUCAUUUCUGGUGAAAAGGCGGGUCAUUAUUCCUCCGCAGUCACCCAUGUAGAGUAGAGAUGUCGUCCUGCGGGGACCCAUGACAGACAGCAUGUGCCAGAGCGAUGUGGUGCACGGCUUCGCGGCUCACCGGGACAGGGAGCUCUCAGACAACCUCUUGCAGACCGAAGACGACCUCGAUCAGUUGCACGCUUGGCGGGCGAAGGAGGCGGACGCCUUCUGCGGGUGGGUCCCGGACCCGCGCGCGCCCCAGCGCCGCCCCAAGGAUAACCCCGCCAACAAACCCGCUCCCAAACGCCUCCGUAGCACCAAGGAACGAAGACUCAGCCAACAGAACCUACGAGCGACGUACGAAUUUCGACAUUAUCGCGACAUCGGGCGCUACAUUCAACAGUACCGCCGAGACCACUCCUGUACCGUGGCCCCUCGGGACACCAACCCUCACUUUACCUCGGACGCUCUGGUAGCACUUCUCCGAAAGGCGGACCCCCAGAAACCCUACUUGAUACCACGGACAAGAGUCCAAGACGUCCCUGGUUGCUCCUUAGAGCCGCCAAAGUUAGGAGUCCUCCGUAGAGCCGUGACGGGGACCUCAAGAGAUUGGCAUUCCUUUUCGGGUUCAUCUGUAUCUCACCCGGUCACCGAGGAAGCUCUACCAACCAGUCAUUCACCACCUCAACUUUCACAACAAAUUCCAGCCAGGGGGCCGGAAAGGGUAGUGUCCGGAGCCGGGGACGUAACCAACACCGCCGGCUUUGGUCUCCACUUCACCUCGCUGAGCCGGCCGAGCACGGGUACUACAGAGAGUCGAGACUCCGGAUCGAGCUCUAACAGUAACUCCAAAUCCCUCCCGAACCAUGGAACGCUCACUCUAGCUUUUAGCAUCAACGGAAACUCCAACAGGCAACAACGCCCGCCUUCAACAUCAGCUACUAGUAGUACUAACAAGCCCGCCAAACCCCAAUACACAUCCAUAGUGAGGAGCGAGCCCAGUGCCGACUCUAAACAGGCCGAUGCGGCGUCUGUGUCUGAUAUGAGCGCCACGGGCGUCAACAUCAUGGCUAUGGACAGACAGGACUUUUUGGAACAUCUCGAAAACUUCACCUGGCGCGAGAAGUUGAAACUGCUGAGUUUGCAGGAACAGCGCCCCCUAGGAGCCUGGUUUCGUCAGCGGGGACAACAACAGGCCAAACCGCCCGACGUUCCCCGCGAAAAGACACCCGAGAAAAACAAGAGGCGAGCGGAAAGGAAUUCACAGCGCUUCAAAUGUCUCGCUUUGGACCCUGACAACGCAGUCAUGGACCACUGGGACGGAGAUAGACACCAGAAGGAAAAGCACGCGCAGCUCAACCAGAAAUCGCUAGGUGUCGUUUUGUUCAAGAAAUCGCUGCUUCCAGAGAGGGACGUGAGGAAGAGACUGCUGUUUAACGCGAAGGGGGGAGGGUGGAAAACGUACGCGGCUUCUAGCGCCAAGCCCAACCCUGUAGAGGCCUAUCAGAUACCGGAUGACAUAUCGGCGAUUCCGCAAGGGGUCGCUGAUGCACGGGACGCUAAGAGGCUGACGGAGAUGGUCUCGAUCAAGACACGGAAAGAGCAGUUGAAGUCUCCAGGCAAAACAACGCCACUCUAAGGAAAAGCACUGUUUCUCAAGCAAAGACUACAUGACAGAACACCGUAUUUUUUGUUCAGGUGAAGAGGCAGUACCAAACAGAUUUGCAGGGAAACGUUCAAACGUUGCCGCUUUGCCCGUGUACUUCUCUUGCCAGGAAGAAAACUUUUUUUUAUCAAAUUCGUCCGUUUAUUUUCACGUCCAUCUCAGAGAUUUUGAAAUCCGUCCUACAUACUAUAUUUUAACAAAAUGAAAUUUUAUUGGUGCUUUCCGAAAGGCCAAAUCAUUUGUGUGAUAAGAAACGCACAAUAGCUGCUAAAACAGUUGGCAAAAUUGCAUAAACCCCACAAAGAAAUGCAGUCCAAAAUAGGAACGUAGACAUGUUAGCCCGUCCAAUAAAUUGUAAAAAUUUGAACUAGACCCCAUCAGUGAAUCUAUUUUAAUAUUUUGAUGUAGAUUCAAUCGUUUUCGAGAGCCAAGAUUCCCUCAAGUAUACUUGUGCAAACUAUUUAUCUCAAUACCGUUGGUCGUAGAUGGUACCGUGUUGAAGUGACCUCUAUCGAUCCAUGACAGAACUACACAUGAUAUAAAGCCACCGGACAAAGCCAUACCAUGACAUUAACACUAUAACAGCAGGUUUUCCAGUACAUGUAUUUACCUAGUGUGAAUAAUGUGUUUCACUUCCACUUCCUCUUAUUAAGUAUUUCAGUCGGUCUAUAAAUAUACCGAAGUUCUCGUGUUCUAAUAGACUAUUUGUGACAUAAUAAAUAUGUUAAAAUUUUUGUUGUUGUGUUGUGUGUAGCGAUACAGCCUCAAAGGCGUUGUAUGUAAAUUGUAUUAUUUUUUCGUCCAAUGGUGGAGUCGGUAACAUCAUUACCGGAAAAGUAUUGUGUGUACAUAGAGAAUGACAUGUAAAAUACUGCGGAAACGGAACGCUAGUUAGACGAAUUUUGACAGAAAUUGAAAGGCAAGGUACUGUACUAACAGUAUCGUUAGAUACAACUUAUUGUGUGGACCUUUUAAAAGUUAUACAAGAGUAGGUCGCUAGAACGCUAGGAACCAAGCAUUUUUCUACAGUAUCCAAGAGUGUAGUUUGCGACUUGUGUUUUGUAUACGGGUUGGAUGUUACAUAUCUAUUCUAAAGCAUUCCAAGACAAGCCACAGGCAUGACAAGACAUACAGAUGAUAUAUUUUUGGUUAUCUUUUUUUGAAGAAACACUGCUGUGAGAUAUUUAUAUAUUGUGGGGAAUUAAAAAGUCUCAAAUACUA